AUGAUGAUGCCAAAGAGGCCUCAGACAUCCCCUGGCAGCGUUCUGUCCCUGCGAGGCGGCGCUAGUGUGCCAGGAUCCCCCGCCGCCGCCAUCGUGGCCCGUGUGGACGAUGGUGUGAUGGUAUAUAAGGACUUGGCGGCGCUUCCUCGGGACAAAGCCAUACUGGACAUCGAGAGGCCAGACUUGAUGACGUACGAGCCUCACUACAACUACAGCCCUCUGGAAAGGUCGCUGUCUCCUGGUUCGUUCUCCCCUCUGCCCUCUCCUGAGGAGUCAAGGCUUUGGCUGGAGAAAGAUUCUAUUGCAUGCUCCUCACCAGCUUCCAGCGGCAAGAAACUCAACAGCGGCCACACAACGCCAUCUCCGCACGCACAACAUACAGUACACACGCCGCACACACUAUCUGCACAAAACACACAACCCCCAAAGAUUCUGCAACACUUCCACAGGCCUGACAAUGGAAGCAACAUCUACAAGAAGCCACCAAUUUACAGAAGAGGUGCGUCGGCGCUCCCUGUGGGAAAGCACUUGGAGGAUCUCAUCAUUGAGUCGUCUAAGUUUCCCGCCGCCGAGCCUCCGGAUCCAAACGCCCCUUCCAAGAUCGAGACGGAACACUGGCCCUGCCCUCCGUCCUCCGCCGUCUUUGAGAAGGAGAAGGCCAGUCGUAAAAAUGCGGGGAAGCAAGAAGAAAAAGAAGAGGACGAAGCAGAUGAUCAAGUUUGGGGUUUGCGAGCGCUUCACAGGCAGGAACUCACCAAGAUUCAGUCCAAUUUGGGAAAGAUCAUCCUGAAGGAAGAGACGGACAAGUCGGCUGCUCGUCUGAGGAGGAAAACUCGCUCGCUACCGGACAGCAGCCAGCAAGCGGGCGCCGCCGCUUCCCACUCUGUUUGUUUCCCAACAUCUUCUGGGGCAGGCCUGGCCAGGUUGAGAUCGACAGAAUUCAACUCGUCGGAGAAGCCUGCAGCAGGUGUUCAGAACGGCGACGCGGCAAUGGACCGAGGCCACUCCCUGCCCAACGUCCUGGAGCUGAAGAUUUACCCGUACGAGACGCUAGUGGUCAACCACAGAGGACGGAGUAAACACCCUCCCGACGUGGACAGAACACAACUGGAGAGACAUCUCUCACCAGAGGAGUUCGCCAGCGUGUUCCAGAUGACGCCGGACGAGUUUGAGCGUCUUUCUCUCUGGAGACGGAACAGCCUCAAGAAGAGGGCGCGUCUCUUCUGA